AUGGCCCACGUCCGCGGCCCUGCCCUGCGCCUGCUGCGCCCCCUAGCCUUGCGGCAAGCACCUCUGCGUCCGGCGCCAGCAACCGCCGUGGUACCGGUGCCGCCCCCCGUGCUGCAGACUCUGCUGCACGCCCGCGAGCUGGCCUCCCGCCACCAGCCGGCCGCUGCGUCUGCCGACGAGCUGGCCGCCGCCCGCAAAUGGCUGCAGCAGCUGGAUCCGGAGACCAUUCCCAAACACAUUUGCGAUGUCUCGUUUAGUAGAUCGUCGGGGCCUGGCGGCCAAAACGUGAACAAAAUCAGCUCCAAGGCCACUCUGCGCGUCCCCCUUGAUGCCCUGCUGCCAAUGCUGCCGGCUCUCCUUCACCAAGAGAUACGUUCCUCCCGCUACUAUGCCGCCAACUCCAAUGCCCUGGUCAUCCAGUCAGAUGACAGCAGAAAGCAGACUGACAACGUUCAUGCCUGCUAUCGCAAACUCCACCACUUGAUUGUGGACGCUGGCAAAACCGCCGUGCCCGGCGAGACAUCAGAAGAGCAAAAGGAGCGGGUCAGAAAACUAGAAAAAGCAAGCAAUGAAGCCAGACUCAAGACGAAGAAGUUUAACAGCAGCAAGAAGAGUGCGCGGAAGGGAGGCAGUCCUGACUAUUAA